AUGAGCACUGAGGUUGAUGCGUCUCCUUUGAACGGUGGAGGGUUUGCUAUUGAGAAUGGUGGUUCUCACGGGGCUGUAGGUGAGUAUGAGGGAUCUAGUGGUGGUGAUGCUACUGCUGCUGCUGCUGCUGCUGCUGCUGCUGCUGCUGACGUUGAAGUUAAUGAGGCACCUACAGAUGCAGAUGCAGAUGCAGGUGCUGAUGUAGAUGCCAAUGUAGAUGUAAAGGUGGAUGGUACUGCAACUACUGCAAAUGAAGUGGUUGAUGAGAAAUCUGAUUUAGGGAAGGUUGUCGUGGAGCCUCCUGCUUUGCCGCACGUAGAGAUUAAUCAGUUGCCAUUGUCAUUGGUAAUUCGGAAUUUGACUGUUUUCACGAUUAAAGAAAUUUCCCAGUACAUGAAAACUAACGUUCAUGUUAACCAGCAAGAGGGCUCCUCUGGGAAGAAGUUGAAGUUUUUGCAAUUGAUUAUAUUUUUGAGAAAUCAGUUUUUGAAACUUUACGUGCUUGUCAAAUGGUGCAGAACCAUCAAGAACAACAAUUUCCACACUUUAAUUGAUUUGUUGAAUUGGUUCAGAACAACAAACAUGUCCGUGAACAGUUGUAUUUGGGCUUUGAAAAAUAAUCUGGGGGCCAUGGCUAAUGCAAAGUUGCCCAACGCUGAUUUGAUUACUGCUUUGGAAGUUUUGAGUUUGGGAAGACCUGACUUGCCAACUCAUAAUUAUCAACUGAGUGGUGAAGAUGAUCCAAACCAACUGAAAAAUGGAAUGACAAAGAUCCCACCAAAACUUAUAUUGAGAAGAUUGUACGAUCUAAAUUUGAACGUCUCCAUCAAGAUAUCGUGGAUGGAAUUCCCUGAACAGUUCGGCAACUACCAGAUCAAAGACGGUAGAAUAUACAUCACCGUUAAUAAUGAAUUUGAAUUGCAAUUAUCUACUGUGGACAGAUAUUCUCCUUUAUUCUUUGUUAAUUUGAAGUUCCUAUUCGAUAACCAAAACUUGCCAAUGAAUAAACCAAGAUUGGAAAAAUAUAUCAACGAUUUGUUGUACAAGAGCAAUAAACCUUUGUUCGCGGUUUAUACUUUCUUGCACAAAUAUGUUCUAACUCUACAACUAUACAUGAUACAUAUUGAAUUGUCAGGAUUAGAAAAUGGUGGCAAGUUUUUUGGAGGAAAUUUGGUUCAUAGAUACGAUAUCAAGAAAAGUGUUAUCACAGUUAAAUAUUGGCUAAAUGUUAGAAUGGGCAAUAGAGGAUUAAUAACUAUUGGUAUCGAUAAACUCACAGAAAAUUUGAUUCUACGUUGGGAAAACCAAAAUACAUCAGAUUCCACAGUUAUUCCAAAGGUUUACACUAACAUCCUAUCAAAUUUGGAAUCCAUCUUAGACGAAAUCAUGUACAAUCAUGCCCAUAUGAUUAGAAUGGGCCUUCUUUCGAAGGGAAUAUUCCAAGAAGAUGAAGAAAAUUCAAGUGUGUUACUUUUCCAAAUUCCAACAACUUGUUUAUCUGUUGCACCAGUGCAGUUAAAAAUCGAUUUAAUAAGUGGCAUUUUCUAUUUUAAAAAUCCAACACCAUUGUUACAGAGCUAUGCUCAGCAAAUGAAUAAAGCAGAAUCUGCAGAAGAAUUGACGGUAAUAUUACAGAGACUAAGAUUGGACAAGAUAACACAAAUACUAAGAAAUAUGUUCGAGAAAACAGGAUGGGUUUGCAGUAAAGUAGUGAAACUUUCUCAACCAAUUAAAACUCAAUUCGAUGUUGACAAAUCAUCGGAUAAUUCCAGUACUUUAUUACAAAACGAUAUGUUUAUAUCAUUGCCAAAGUGGCCUACCCAUUGGUAUUUAAUAUUGACAAUUAUAUCAUCGAAUUCUUUUUGUAUUGUAGAGAAAAGAAUUGGUAAGAUAAUGGCUAUCAAGGGGAAAUGGGAAUUAAAGUAUCUAGAUGAAAGUAGUUUAAUUGCUUCGAAACUUGAAACUAUAACGUACCAAAAGAUUAUGAACCUGCAAAGAAGUAUUCUCCAUAAGAUUAUUAACCAUAUGAUAAUUGAUUCGUUAAAUCAAUUGAAAAUAUCUAACAGGGUUUGUUCUCAAGAAGCAAUUGAAAAGGCACUGCCAGAUUAUAUAAUUAGUGAUCUGGAUUCUGAGAACUCUUUGGAUUCAUUCAGAACAAGUCUGCCUGCAUAUUCAUCCAUAAUAGCAUUGGAAUUAAACUCCUUGUUGAACAUUUCAAAUACACUUGGAAAUGUAUUUGAAACUUCUUUAUUUUUACAAAUUGAUUAUGCACGUUCAGAGAUUAAGCUUUAUGGUAAAUUUAAAUUUGAUACUAUGGUUUUAAAAAGCAAAUGUGAUGAAUUGAAGAUCAAUUUUAUUCCAAGUGACCCAUUGGCAUUUUACUUGUGUGAGAAAUUUACUAAUCUUAAUGUGACAGUGCAAUAUUUGACAAAAUUCAAAAAAAUACUAAUGCAACUAAUAAUCUUAACGGAUGUUGUCGAAAGAUUGCGUAAGAACUUUGAUACUGAGCAUUUCAAAAUAUUGGAUUUGAAGCCGAAUGAAGUCUCAUUCAAAUAUUUUAAAAAUGAUCUCGAUGAACCAGAUUGUAGAAUCAAUAUUAUAACCAACGAUGAGAUGAUAGAAAAUCUAAAAGUGGAACUAUCUCCAUCGAACCCACAAUCCAUUAUCCAACCGUUUAUUGAUAAUAAUGGGAUGGAUUACCAUUUCAUAUUCCACUAUCUUCAGUUUACAUCGUCCUUAUUUACUACAUUCAAUACAAUACUGAGUGACGAAAAGGGUGGUAUGUAUAAAAAUACAUACGUUCAAUUGGGUUUACACAACCUCAAUGAAUAUCAAAUAUUAUAUUUCAACCCAGAAACUGGAGCCAAGAUUGGUGUAUUGAUUGAAUUGAAGUCUGUGCCUAGAAAUGGUGAACAAAAAGUUCAAUAUUACGUUCAUUUCUCUGAUGAAAACAUUUCUGCAAAAUCUCCAGCAUACCAAUUAGUGCAAGAAGUACGCAAUAAAGUGUUCAAACUAGACAACGACUCAUUACCUUCAUCACGUCAUAAGAAUACAAUUAGACUUUCAAGCGGUAUUGCCUGUGAUGCCAACGCAAUUGGACCAGUACUAUCGGAUAUCCAUAAUAUCCUAAAGAUAGACUCCAUAGAGCAAUCUACAUCAAAGGUAUCCACCAACGAAAUAAAAGAUGCAAUAAUUGUAUGA